CUUUAUCACUUCCGGGUUAGUUUAGCCGAAGGUAAACAAACAUGUGGCGACAAUGACAUUGAAAUGUUUUAUUUGUAUUCAGCAGCUUCACAUUCAUUUCUUUAUAGAAGAAAUUAGUUCUUCAACACGUUUUAAGGCUUCAGUUUAACAGACAGCAAAAGAUGGCUUUUCCGUGUGUGCGACCGUGUCCUCGACACGUCAGCGCAGGCCUUCAAGUCUGCGGUUAUGCAACGCUCAGUAAAGCAUCCAGACCGCAGGAGAAGAGCAGUGCUGGUCCAGUUUUUCAGUAUGUGGGCCAGAACAAAAAGCCGACCCACAAAGUGUUUGUGUGGGGAUUUAGCUUCACUGGUGCUCUGGGCAUUCCCAGCUUCGUGGUGCCGGACAACGGCAGGAAAAAGCCCCGCAAGUACCAGCUCACUCCUUACCGCCUGGAGACGGCAGCGCAGAUCUCUUCAGCUGCUUGUGGUUACGGCUUCAGUCUCAUCGCGUCUUCGACCAAAGACACGUCCAAGCUGUGGGGAAUGGGACUGAACAAGGACUCUCAGCUGGGCUUCCAGCGAACCCAACACAGCCGCCAUCAGAGCUAUGACUACGUUCUGGAGCCGUCCCCGGUCGCUCUGCCCCUCGUCAAGCCCCUGCAGACCCGAGUGCUUCAGGUCGCUUGUGGUCGAGCUCACUCCCUCGUCCUCACCGACCGAGCGGGAGUUUUCAGUAUGGGAAACAAUUCAUAUGGCCAGUGUGGAAGACGGAUAGUUGAAGAUGAAGUCUACAGUGGCAGCCACAUCAUUCACAAGAUCGAGGGCUUCAGCAGCAGGGUCGUACAGGUGGCGUGCGGCCAGGACCACAGCCUCUUCCUCACCGAGACGGGGAAAGUGUUGGCCUGUGGAUGGGGCGCAGAUGGACAGACGGGUCUGGGUCACCACAACAUCAGCUCCAGUCCGGUGGAGGUGGGAGGAGAUCUGUCAGGGGUGGAGGUGCAGCAGAUCAGCACCUAUGGAGACUGUAGCCUGGCUGUCUCCAGAGACGGACAGCUGUUCGGGUGGGGAAACUCCGAGUACCGGCAGCUGGCUUCAGUCACGGAGGCCACGCAGAUCAGCUCUCCUCGUCAUCUUCCUCUGAAAGGCUGUGGAAAGGUGGUUCAGGCUGCAUGUGGAGGCUCACAGGUGGCUGUUCUCAACGAUAAAGGAGAGGUGUUUGUUUGGGGUUAUGGCAUUCUGGGAAAAGGUCCAAAUCUAUCAGAAUCUUCCACCCCAGAGAUGAUUCCUUCUACGCUAUUCGGACGUUCGGAGUUCAACCCAUCAGUGGCUGUCACCAGAAUCAGGUGUGGCCUCAGUCACUUUGCUGCAGUCACAGAUCGAGGCGAGCUCUUUGUUUGGGGGAAGAACGUGAGAGGUUGUUUGGGCAUCGGGAAGAGAGACGACCAGUACUUCCCCUGGCGAGUGACUGUACCGGGUCAGGUGGUGGAUGUAGCCUGCGGUGUCGACCACAUGGUGGCGCUGGCUAAGUCUCUGCUGUGAAGCUCCCAUCCUCCUCCCCCACGGCAGCGGAUGAAAGGCUGGAUGUUUGGCCGAGCCCUCAGCUGACCUCUGGGCCCCUCAGGGAGCCGAUCGGGGGCCGAUACGGACUCUCAAAGCCAGCUGCUCUCCACAGGCGGCGGCCCUUGAGUCCCGCGGUCGAAAACCGUGACGUCAAGCCGCGAUCAGAGCAGUCGAUGCUGCAGUAACCAGUCACUGACAGAACUGCCUUUACCCUGCAUGAAGGUUAUAGAGCAAAGACGUCUGAGGAUAGUUUUACAUCUGGAGCUGAUUGAUGCGUAGGUUUCUUCACCUUUUUGUCCGUCAGUUGACUGCGUAAAGCCAUUAUUUAAACCCAGUAGUGGAAAAACCUAAAUUCUUGGAACAAACAAGACAUUUGAUGGUGUCAAGUUGGACUCAGACAGACUGAAAAGGGCCUUUUUGUCUACAUUUUAUAGACUGAACUGUUCAUUUGCUCACUAAUUUAUAAUAAAAACAGUCAUUAUUUGCAGCUUUAAGUUUUUUUCAUCGUUUUUAAAAAUUUCUGUUACAUACAUUAAACGCACCAAUUUAACUGUUGAAAUGUCUUCUAGUACCAUGUAACUAACAGAAGUUAUAAUAAAACUAUAACAUUCAACCAA